AUGGCUGCACGUUCUCAAGAAUCAGUUGAGCUGCAAGGAGCAGGUGCGGCAGUCGCGCCAGCGUCUUCGCAGGAGACCGACAAUGCUGCACACGCCGCCGGUCAAGAUGCUCGCCAGAUUGAAACAUCUGGCAAGCGUGCAGCGACACUGAUUGGUCAAGCAGUGCUGCAACUGCCAAUAUGGGGCUUUGCGAUGACCUACGGUGUCUUUCAGGACUACUACACUGCUCACUGGACCUUGUCUGGCUCCGUCUCCGGAACCGGUGUCAUCGGUACAACUCAGAAUGGAGUGAUGUACAUGUCCAUGCCUUUUCUUUUCGCCCUCUUCUCUCGCCGCUGGGCUCGCUAUCGACGAACCGCGUCUCUCGUUGGUGUUGUCCUGACCUGCGCUUCAUUCCUGCUCUCCUCAUACAGCACCAAUGUUUGGCAUCUUAUCCUCACCCAGGGAGUUCUGGCUGCGCUUGGCUGUGCGCUCAUCUACAGCCCGACCACUCUCACCUUAGGUGAAUGGUUCAGCACCAACAACCGCGCUCUGGCAUAUGGCAUCAUUCUCUCAAGCAAGAACAUUGUUGGAUCAACAUGUCCCUUUCUAAUCCGCCAUCUUCUCGAUGUCUACGGCUUCAGGUUGACCCUUCGGAUCUGGACCGCGAUCGUCGCCGGAAGUGCUUUGGGCGCCAUCUACUUGAUCCCUUCACACCCAUCCUCGACUUCUGCGCAGACGUAUCACGCACGCAAGCUUCCAUGGUCACAUCUCCACCAUCGCACUUUCUGGAUCUAUGCCAUUGCCACCAUGCUGCAAUCCUCGGGCUAUGGCAUUCCGCAGACUUACAUCAACACCUACGCCUCAAAUAUCACGCAUCUCCCACAGACGUCUUCCACAUUACUGCUCACAUUCUUCAACUUGCCUGGCAUUAUCUCGAGCUCAUUCUUCGGGUAUCUCAACAAUGGGAAGCGCUUCUCCUUAAGCGCAAGUACAGUGGCGACGAUCUCUGGUGUCAGCUCGGCAUUGAGUGCAUUCCUGCUAUGGGGUUUUGCUAGUCAGCACAACACGGCGAUGGCAUUGCUUACUCUUUUCAGCAUUACCUUCGGAUUCUUUGCUGGAGGCUACAGCGCCACGUGGGGCGGUAUGAUCAACGAGCUAGAGCAUGAAGCGGCCGAAAGGAAUGAAGCGGUGGAUCCUGGGCUCCUGUAUGGCUUACUGAAUGGCGCGAGAGGAAUUGGGUAUGUCAGUGGAGGGCUGGCUGGCGUGCCUCUGCUCAAGGCAGGCGCAGCGAGUAGCGGCAUGGACGGUUUCGCGUACGGUACAGCCUACGGGCCGUUGAUUGUGUUCACAGGUCUGUGCUCGAUCUUUGGCGGAUGGAGUGUUGUUUGGAAGAUGGGAAAGCUCUUUCACUGA